AUGCUUGAACCUAGGUUUAAGUCGUCCACUGUGUCUUUCUUUCCAACUGACCCAGAUCUUAGGAGAUGCAAAGAGCUUCUGGUGAGCAAGUUGGCAGCUCAAGUGACACAUGGCACAAUGUCUCCUCAUUCAGUUUCUUCAGCAGCAGCCAGAAAAAUGCUCAGCUUUUCCAAAAAACUCAGUGAAGUUUCAGAUGCAGAAGUCCCUUAUAAUAUCUUCAGCAGCAUUCUUAGAGCCAACAAAGGUACUGUGCCCGUAGUAGGAGGUGACAUGCUAAUAAAGAUUGGACGCAGCGCCAGCACCUGUACAACCUGCCCAUGGCCCAAAUCUGCAGAUGGGACCGUCCCUGUGCCAUACACCUUAUCCUCUGUUUAUACUGCCAAUCAGGUCAGUCUGUUCCAAAAUUCUAUGCAGGAGAUGGAAACAUUGACGUGUGUCAACUUUAUACCUCGGACCACAGAGAAGAGUUUCCUCAACAUUGUCUCAUCACAGGGCUGUGCAUCAUAUGUGGGACGAAUAGGUGGAGGUCAGAUGGUUGCAGUAGAUAUUGCUGGUUGUAUGUCCAGAGGAAUUAUACAACAUGAGCUAGACCAUGCCCUGGGAUUUUACCAUGAACAUACAAGGAUUGACCGUGAUGACUAUGUCACCGUCAUGCAACAGUAUAUAUCACCAGGAGAAAAGAUCAAUUUUGCCAUAAAAAACACUGAUGAUGGGGGUCUGCAGUAUGAUUAUGGGUCAGUGAUGCAUUAUGACAAGUAUGCAUUCUCUAACACUUCUAAUCAACCCACCAUUGUACCCCAUCCUGACCCAAAUGUGCCCAUUGGACAAAGGAUUGGACUGAGUAUCUUGGAUGUUGCAAAAAUUAAUCAUCUUUAUCAGUGUAAUGUUUGUGCUAAUUUGCUAAAUGAUAACAGUGGUGUUGUGAGCUCGGCCAACUCUGUCUCAGCCAAUCCUAAUAGCGGAAGCUGUGUUUGGUUGAUCAGGACCCCAUCUGGGCAGGUUAGCCUGAAUGGCAUUAGCUUUAAUGUCAAGUCCUCACCAGAGUGCGCAUCUUACUACAUGAAGAUUUAUGAUGGUCCCAGUAGAACGUCUCCUGUGCUGAAGGACAAAACUUGUGGGACUGGUGUAAUCCCAGUAAUCAUUGCUUCCACUAGCCAAAUGCUUAUAGAGAUUUUCAGUGUCAGCAGUGUUCCAGGGAAUGGCUUCAUUGCUACAUAUAGCUCAGGCAAAUUUACCUGCCCAGAUGGUUUUCAAGCUCCUGUUACAAUCAAUUUAUCAACACCUUAA